AUGGGCCUUGGCGACGUUCAGCUCAGCUCAGCUCUGGCUGCCAGCGCUCGUACUCGAAGUCUCGCCGGCCACACCACCCUCGAAACCUUCCGAAACGAGAUGCAACGACGCGACCUCGACGACGAACUGGCAGAGGCGCACCACCGGAGGAGGGUUCGGAUCAUGCGGAAACAGAAUCCUUGGUUGGAACUUGCAAGUUCAACGAGGUACCCGGGACCCCAGGAGCAUCUGCAACACGGCGGCUCCAUCUUGUACAAGUCUUCCCAGCAUAAACGGCAUUCAAGCUCGGCCAACUCCGUGUUUCCGGCCUACUUCGAUAACGAUCGGGCGCCGGCUCUAACAUGGCUCGUCUCCUCCCCCUGGCCAGGUUCUUCUGCGAAGUUACGACCUUUUGGAACAUACGGCACAUUCGCUACCGUGAGACUGAUCCCCAGCGGCCAGUUGCAGUGA